AUGGAUGAUGAAGGGAGCAUGAAUGAUGAAGGGAGCAUGAAUGAUGAAGGGAGCAUGGAUGAUGAAGGGAGCAUGGAUGAUGAAGGGAGCAUGGAUGAUGAAGGGAGCAUGAAUGAUGAAGGGAGCAUGAAUGAUGAAGGGAGCAUGAAUGAUGAAGGGAGCAUGGAUGAUGAAGGGAGCAUGAAUGAUGAAGGGAGCAUGAAUGAUGAAGGGAGCAUGAAUGAUGAAGGGAGCAUGAAUGAUGAAGGGAGCAUGAAUGAUGAAGGGAGCAUGGAUGAUGAAGGGAGCAUGGAUGAUGAAGGGAGCAUGAAUGAUGAAGGGAGCAUGGAUGAUGAAGGGAGCAUGGAUGAUGAAGGGAGCAUGAAUGAUGAAGGGAGCAUGAAUGAUGAAGGGAGCAUGAAUGAUGAAGGGAGCAUGGAUGAUGAAGGGAGCAUGAAUGAUGAAGGGAGCAUGAAUGAUGAAGGGAGCAUGGAUGAUGAAGGGAGCAUGGAUGAUGAAGGGAGCAUGAAUGAUGAAGGGAGCAUGAAUGAUGAAGGGAGCAUGAAUGAUGAAGGGAGCAUGAAUGAUGAAGGGAGCAUGAAUGAUGAAGGGAGCAUGGAUGAUGAAGGGAGCAUGAAUGAUGAAGGGAGCAUGAAUGAUGAAGGGAGCAUGAAUGAUGAAGGGAGCAUGAAUGAUGAAGGGAGCAUGAAUGAUGAAGGGAGCAUGGAUGAUGAAGGGAGCAUGGAUGAUGAAGGGAGCAUGGAUGAUGAAGGGAGCAUGGAUGAUGAAGGGAGCAUGGAUGAUGAAGGGAGCAUGAAUGAUGAAGGGAGCAUGAAUGAUGAAGGGAGCAUGAAUGAUGAAGGGAGCAUGAAUGAUGAAGGGAGCAUGAAUGAUGAAGGGAGCAUGGAUGAUGAAGGGAGCAUGAAUGAUGAAGGGAGCAUGAAUGAUGAAGGGAGCAUGGAUGAUGAAGGGAGCAUGGAUGAUGAAGGGAGCAUGGAUGAUGAAGGGAGCAUGAAUGAUGAAGGGAGCAUGAAUGAUGAAGGGAGCAUGAAUGAUGAAGGGAGCAUGGAUGAUGAAGGGAGCAUGGAUGAUGAAGGGAGCAUGAAUGAUGAAGGGAGCAUGAAUGAUGAAGGGAGCAUGAAUGAUGAAGGGAGCAUGAAUGAUGAAGGGAGCAUGAAUGAUGAAGGGAGCAUGAAUGAUGAAGGGAGCAUGGAUGAUGAAGGGAGCAUGAAUGAUGAAGGGAGCAUGAAUGAUGAAGGGAGCAUGGAUGAUGAAGGGAGCAUGGAUGAUGAAGGGAGCAUGGAUGAUGAAGGGAGCAUGAAUGAUGAAGGGAGCAUGAAUGAUGAAGGGAGCAUGGAUGAUGAAGGGAGCAUGGAUGAUGAAGGGAGCAUGGAUGAUGAAGGGAGCAUGAAUGAUGAAGGGAGCAUGAAUGAUGAAGGGAGCAUGAAUGAUGAAGGGAGCAUGAAUGAUGAAGGGAGCAUGGAUGAUGAAGGGAGCAUGGAUGAUGAAGGGAGCAUGAAUGAUGAAGGGAGCAUGGAUGAUGAAGGGAGCAUGAAUGAUGAAGGGAGCAUGGAUGAUGAAGGGAGCAUGAAUGAUGAAGGGAGCAUGAAUGAUGAAGGGAGCAUGAAUGAUGAAGGGAGCAUGAAUGAUGAAGGGAGCAUGGAUGAUGAAGGGAGCAUGAAUGAUGAAGGGAGCAUGAAUGAUGAAGGGAGCAUGGAUGAUGAAGGGAGCAUGGAUGAUGAAGGGAGCAUGGAUGAUGAAGGGAGCAUGAAUGAUGAAGGGAGCAUGAAUGAUGAAGGGAGCAUGAAUGAUGAAGGGAGCAUGGAUGAUGAAGGGAGCAUGAAUGAUGAAGGGAGCAUGAAUGAUGAAGGGAGCAUGAAUGAUGAAGGGAGCAUGAAUGAUGAAGGGAGCAUGAAUGAUGAAGGGAGCAUGAAUGAUGAAGGGAGCAUGGAUGAUGAAGGGAGCAUGAAUGAUGAAGGGAGCAUGAAUGAUGAAGGGAGCAUGGAUGAUGAAGGGAGCAUGGAUGAUGAAGGGAGCAUGGAUGAUGAAGGGAGCAUGAAUGAUGAAGGGAGCAUGAAUGAUGAAGGGAGCAUGAAUGAUGAAGGGAGCAUGAAUGAUGAAGGGAGCAUGAAUGAUGAAGGGAGCAUGAAUGAUGAAGGGAGCAUGAAUGAUGAAGGGAGCAUGAAUGAUGAAGGGAGCAUGAAUGAUGAAGGGAGCAUGAAUGAUGAAGGGAGCAUGGAUGAUGAAGGGAGCAUGGAUGAUGAAGGGAGCAUGGAUGAUGAAGGGAGCAUGAAUGAUGAAGGGAGCAUGAAUGAUGAAGGGAGCAUGAAUGAUGAAGGGAGCAUGAAUGAUGAAGGGAGCAUGAAUGAUGAAGGGAGCAUGAAUGAUGAAGGGAGCAUGAAUGAUGAAGGGAGCAUGAAUGAUGAAGGGAGCAUGAAUGAUGAAGGGAGCAUGGAUGAUGAAGGGAGCAUGGAUGAUGAAGGGAGCAUGGAUGAUGAAGGGAGCAUGGAUGAUGAAGGGAGCAUGAAUGAUGAAGGGAGCAUGAAUGAUGAAGGGAGCAUGAAUGAUGAAGGGAGCAUGAAUGAUGAAGGGAGCAUGAAUGAUGAAGGGAGCAUGAAUGAUGAAGGGAGCAUGAAUGAUGAAGGGAGCAUGAAUGAUGAAGGGAGCAUGAAUGAUGAAGGGAGCAUGAAUGAUGAAGGGAGCAUGGAUGAUGAAGGGAGCAUGGAUGAUGAAGGGAGCAUGAAUGAUGAAGGGAGCAUGGAUGAUGAAGGGAGCAUGAAUGAUGAAGGGAGCAUGAAUGAUGAAGGGAGCAUGAAUGAUGAAGGGAGCAUGAAUGAUGAAGGGAGCAUGAAUGAUGAAGGGAGCAUGAAUGAUGAAGGGAGCAUGGAUGAUGAAGGGAGCAUGAAUGAUGAAGGGAGCAUGAAUGAUGAAGGGAGCAUGGAUGAUGAAGGGAGCAUGGAUGAUGAAGGGAGCAUGGAUGAUGAAGGGAGCAUGAAUGAUGAAGGGAGCAUGAAUGAUGAAGGGAGCAUGGAUGAUGAAGGGAGCAUGGAUGAUGAAGGGAGCAUGAAUGAUGAAGGGAGCAUGAAUGAUGAAGGGAGCAUGAAUGAUGAAGGGAGCAUGAAUGAUGAAGGGAGCAUGAAUGAUGAAGGGAGCAUGGAUGAUGAAGGGAGCAUGAAUGAUGAAGGGAGCAUGAAUGAUGAAGGGAGCAUGGAUGAUGAAGGGAGCAUGGAUGAUGAAGGGAGCAUGGAUGAUGAAGGGAGCAUGGAUGAUGAAGGGAGCAUGAAUGAUGAAGGGAGCAUGGAUGAUGAAGGGAGCAUGGAUGAUGAAGGGAGCAUGGAUGAUGAAGGGAGCAUGGAUGAUGAAGGGAGCAUGAAUGAUGAAGGGAGCAUGAAUGAUGAAGGGAGCAUGAAUGAUGAAGGGAGCAUGGAUGAUGAAGGGAGCAUGGAUGAUGAAGGGAGCAUGAAUGAUGAAGGGAGCAUGGAUGAUGAAGGGAGCAUGAAUGAUGAAGGGAGCAUGGAUGAUGAAGGGAGCAUGAAUGAUGAAGGGAGCAUGAAUGAUGAAGGGAGCAUGAAUGAUGAAGGGAGCAUGAAUGAUGAAGGGAGCAGGGAGCAUGGAUGA